UUCAACUAGGAACAGAAAAGAAAACCCUCUUCUCUUAAACCUCUCACUUCGGGCGAUAGAAAAAGAGAUUCACUGUGAGAGGCAGCAGAAUAAGCUGCUACUCCGUGAACUUCCCUUAUCCAAAUUUUGUUAUUUUUUCAGUAAUUGCAGCUAAGAAUGGCGAAGAGGAAGGAGCGGAUUCAGAAUCCGGAACCGUUUGAUCCGUAUGGCGCUGACCAUGCGAAGACGAAGAAGCGUUCGAAAGCGCCGAAGCAGUACCAGCAGGAAGAGAAACUCAUCGCUUCCAAAAUCAGCUCGAAGAUCAUGAAGGAGGCGCUGCUGCAGCAAAAGGAGGAAGAUGAGGCGGCAAAUGGCAACGCCGCCACUUUCUUUGAAGAGAUUCCCAACGCGGAGGAAGCAGACGGAGACGAUAUCGAUGACUUUGCCGGCUUCUCUGAAACGCAGAGCCAAUUCGCGGGAUAUGAAGAGGAAAUUAAUGAGGAGGAUGAGAGACUAAUGGAAGCAUUCUUAUCGAAAGAUCCUGCUCAGCAGAAAACACUGGCAGACCUCAUUGUCCAAAGAAUAAAAGAAAAGGAUGCUUCUGUUGCUUCAGAAAUGCGACCUGUCCCAAAAUUGGACAAGUCCAUAAUUGACAUAUACAAGGGAGUUGGGACCCAUCUCAGCAAAUAUACAAUAGGCAAAAUACCCAAGGCAUUUAAACACAUCCCCUCUAUGCAACUUUGGGAGGAGGUCCUGUAUAUAACUGAACCUGAGAAUUGGUCUCCAAAUGCUCUUUAUCAAGCAACUAGGAUUUUUGCUUCUAAUUUUGGUGCAAAAAAGGCAGAACGCUUCUACAAGCUUGUGUUGCUUCCAAGAGUGAGAGAAGAUAUACGGAAGAAUAAGCGGUUGCAUUUUGCCUUAUACCAAACUCUGAAAAAGGCAUUGUACAAACCUGCUGCAUUCUUUAAGGGAAUACUGUUUCCCCUAUGUGAGUCACGCACAUGCACUCUCAGGGAAGCAGUCAUUGUUGGAAGCAUUAUAGAAAAGGUUUCUAUUCCUCCACUUCAUUCAAGUGUUGCUCUAUUGAAACUUUCUGGAAUGGAAUAUUGUGGCACCACAAGCUAUUUCAUAAAGCUUCUUCUGGAGAAAAAAUAUGCUUUGCCAUAUCGUGUGGUUGAUGCAGUUGUUGCUCAUUUUAUGAGAUUUUUUAAUGAAACCAGGAUAAUGCCUGUCAUAUGGCACCAGUCACUUCUUGCUUUUGUGCAGAGGUAUAAGAAUGAGUUGCAAAAGGAAGACAAGGAUAGAUUAAGGGAUCUACUGGAAAAGCAGAAGCAUAAAUUGGUUACACCUGAAAUUCAUAGAGAGCUAGAACACAGCCGCAACCGAGGUGAAAAGGAGGAAGACUUUAUGUCAAUUUCCAGUCCAGUAUUUGUGAUAAACAAGACUAUUGAAGAGGAUAGAUUUGACAUUCCAGAUGUACCAAUGGAGGAGGAUUAAUUUAUUGUGGGCUUUUCAUAGCGCUUCACUUGAGUGAGAAUUUUCAAGAGAUAUGCCCUCAUUAAGCUUUCCCAAGGGCGCAGUUUUGAUGUCAGCAAUAUUGUACGCUAAUGCAUAAGAUUUAUUGUAUUUGUUUUGGUGCCAUUUUUAUGUUUACUUAUGUCUUUCAGACAUGCAAUCUCAUUUAUUGUCUGAUGUAAUCUUAUCGAAAAUACACUUAAACUUAUAAUGUUUUCUGGUGUUUCAUAUGUCGAAUAUAGGAUACUUGUGGUUACUGUUC